AUGAGCGAAGAAAGUCUGUCCGAAGUGGGCGUCUCUCAAAAAGAGCAGUAUGAAAGUACAGAUUACACCAAAUACCACGGAGACCUGGCGCCUCACUUCUUGGGGCUGAAUACCAUUGAUAAGGCCGAGGCUUCUCCAUUGAAGGACUACGUCAAGUCGCAUGGCGGUCACACUGUCAUUUCCAAAGUUCUGAUUGCCAAUAACGGUAUUGCUGCCGUCAAGGAGAUCCGUUCGGUGCGCAAGUGGGCGUAUGAAACGUUUGGUAAUGAACGCGCCGUCCAAUUUGUUGCGAUGGCCACUCCUGAAGACAUGGAGGCGAAUGCCGAAUAUCUGAGAAUGGCCGAUCAAUACGUCGAGGUUCCCGGUGGCACCAACAACAACAACUAUGCCAACGUGGACCUCAUCGUGGAAAUUGCCGAAAGAGCCAAUGUCGAUGCCGUCUGGGCUGGCUGGGGUCAUGCCUCCGAAAACCCAUUGCUACCAGAAAAACUGGCUCAAUCCCCACGUAAAAUUAUCUUUAUUGGUCCACCUGGUAACGCCAUGAGAUCUCUUGGUGACAAGAUCUCCUCGACCAUUGUGGCCCAGCACGCUAACGUCCCAUGUAUCCCAUGGUCUGGUACCGGGGUCGAUGAAGUCUAUUUGGACGAGACCAACGGCUUGGUUUCGGUUCAAGAUGACGUGUACCAGAAAGGUUGCUGCAGCUCGCCAGAGGAUGGCCUUGCCAAGGCUAAAAUGAUUGGGUUCCCCGUUAUGGUCAAGGCAUCUGAAGGUGGUGGUGGUAAGGGUAUCAGAAAAGUGGAAAGAGAAGAGGAUUUCUUGUCUCUUUACACACAAGCCGCUAACGAAAUCCCUGGCUCUCCAAUCUUCAUCAUGAAAUUGGCCGGCAAAGCUCGCCAUUUGGAGGUUCAACUUCUAGCCGACCAGUACGGUACAAACAUCUCCCUAUUCGGCCGUGAUUGUUCGGUCCAAAGACGUCACCAAAAGAUUAUAGAGGAGGCUCCGGUCACCAUUGCCAAGCCAGACACGUUCACCGAGAUGGAGAAAUCUGCUGUCAGACUCGGUAAAUUGGUGGGCUACGUCUCUGCUGGUACCGUGGAAUACCUAUACUCCCACGAAGAUGAUAAAUUCUACUUUCUAGAACUCAACCCUAGAUUGCAAGUUGAGCAUCCAACCACAGAGAUGGUUACUGGUGUGAAUUUGCCAGCAGCUCAAUUGCAAAUCGCUAUGGGUAUUCCAAUGCACAGAAUCAGAGACAUCAGACUACUCUACGGUGUUGAUCCCCACACCGCUUCCGAGAUCGACUUUGAUUUCAGUUCCGAGGGCUCCCUACAAACUCAAAGGAAGCCAAACCCUAAGGGACACUGUACUGCUUGUCGUAUCACUUCUGAAGAUCCCAACGAAGGGUUCAAACCAUCAGGUGGUUCUUUGCAUGAGUUGAAUUUCCGCUCUUCUUCCAAUGUUUGGGGUUACUUCUCUGUGUCUAGCAGUGGUGGAAUUCACUCCUUUUCAGAUUCUCAAUUUGGUCACAUCUUUGCCUUUGGAGAAAACAGACAGGCUUCAAGAAAGCAUAUGGUUGUGGCGUUAAAGGAAUUGUCCAUUAGAGGUGAUUUCAGAACCACGGUAGAGUACUUGAUCAAGCUUUUGGAAACUGAGGACUUCGAGGGAAACUCGAUCACUACCGGAUGGUUGGACGAUUUGAUUUCUCAGAAAAUGACCGCAGAAAAGCCUGAUUCAACCUUGGCCGUCAUUUGUGGUGCCGCUACUAAAGUAUUCAUCGCUUCUGAAAGCGGUCGUAAAGACUACAUCGCAAGUUUGCAGAAGGGUCAAGUUCCUAACAAGUCAUUGCUGCAAACGAUGUACCCAGUUGAAUUUAUCCACGAAGGUAAGAGAUACAAAUUUACUGUGGCCAAGUCUGCAGACGACCGCUAUACUUUGUUCAUUAACGGCUCAAAGUGCGAAGUUGGCGUCCGUAAGCUCUCUGAUGGUGGUCUUUUGAUCGCUCUCGGUGGUAAAUCCCACACGAUCUACUGGAAAGAAGAGGUUUCGGCCACCAGAUUAUCAGUAGACUCUAUGACCACCUUGCUAGAAGUAGAAAAUGACCCAACUCAGUUGCGUACACCUUCUCCAGGUAAGCUUGUGAAGUUCUUGGUUGAAAACGGCGACCACGUCGGCGCAGGCCAACCAUACGCUGAAGUCGAAGUCAUGAAAAUGCAAAUGCCUCUGAUCUCUCAAGAAAGCGGUAUAGUUCAGCUAUUGAAGCAGCCUGGGUCUACAGUGGCUGCGGGUGAUAUUUUGGCCAUUCUUGCUCUAGAUGAUCCCACGAAGGUUAAGCAUGCUUUGCCCUUCGACGGUCUCCUGCCUGACAUGGGUGCUCCAAUUGUAGAAGGUACUAAGCCUGCUCACAAGUUCAGAUCGUUGGUUUCCACUUUACAAAACAUUCUAGAUGGUUAUGACAACCAGGUUAUUAUGAACGCUUCUUUGCAACAGUUGAUUGAAGUUCUGAGAAACCCGCAAUUACCUUACUCCGAAUGGAAAAUGCAAUCUUCGGCUCUUCACUCAAGACUCCCUAUCAAAUUGGACGAACAAUUAGAGCAAUUGGUUCAGCGGUCAUCUAACAGAAAUGCUCAAUUUCCAUCGGGUCAACUUGGUAAGAUGCUAGAGAAUGCUUUGAAGGAAUCCGAUAAUCCUUUGUUUGGCAGUGUCAUCGAGCCCUUAGUUGAUAUUACUACCCGCUAUGCUAAUGGCUUGGAGGCCCACGAGCAUUCGGUUUUCGCUAAAUUUUUACAACAUUACUAUGAUGUUGAAAAGUUGUUCAGUGGAUCUAAUAUUCGUGAAGAGGACGUUAUCUUAAAAUUGCGUGACGAAAAUACCGAGAACUUAGACCGCGUGGUCCUUACCGUUCUGUCGCAUUCUCGUGUUUCCGCCAAGAAUAACUUGAUUUUGGCAAUCUUGAAACAUUACCAACCUCUCUGUAAAUUAUCUUCUGAAGUUUCUGCUACCAUUUCAGAACCACUGAAAAAUAUUGUGGAGCUCGAAUCUAAGACCACCGCAAAGGUUGCCCUACAAGCUAGAGAAAUUUUGAUUCAAGCUGCUUUGCCGUCUGUGAGAGAGAGAACAGACCAGAUUGAGCACAUCUUAAGAAGUUCUGUGGUCAAGACCGCGUAUGGUGCCUUUGAUAGUAAGCGCAACGACCCUGACUUGGAUAUUCUAAACGAUUUGAUUGAUUCCAAUUACGUUGUAUUCGACGUUCUUACUCAAUUCCUCACGCACCGUGACCCAUCUGUCGCAGCCGCAGCCGCAGAAGUUUACAUCCGUCGUGCCUAUAGAGCAUACACGAUUGGGGAUUUGAAGCAUUACACGCAAUCCAACAACGCGAUCGUGGAAUGGAAGUUCCAGCUUCCAUCCGCCGCAUUUGCCUCAGUUCCUCAGGUUAAGAGUAAGAUGGGCAUGCACAGAGCAAUCUCUGUCUCCGAUUUAACUUACGUUUCCGAAGGUGACAACCAACCUUUGAGAACUGGUAUUUUGGUAGCUUCUUCUCACUUGGAUGAUGUCGACGAUGGUCUUGCCAGGGGAUUGCAAUUGGUUCCACACCAAUCAGUUGCUUCUCAUGGCCCUGUUCCGGACAGGUCUAAUGGGGGUGCUACUUUAAGCAAUGUUGCAAAUGUUUCGGUUGCUUCCACUGAAGGUUUCGAGACUGAAGAAGAAGUUCUCAACAGAUUGAGAGAAAUUUUGGAUGUUAACAAACAACAAUUAGUUGACGCUUCUAUUCGCCGUAUCACCUUCGUCUUCGGCUACAAAGAUGGCGCUUAUCCAAAGUACUAUACCUUCAGAGGUCCAGGUUACGUUGAAGACGAAACGAUCCGUCAUAUCGAACCUGCUUUGGCCUUCCAACUAGAAAUGGGAAGAAUGUCCAAUUUCAAUAUCAAGCAAAUCUUCACUGAAAACAGAAACAUUCACGUCUACGAGGCUACCGGAAAGAACUCUGCUGUUGACAAAAGAUUCUUUACAAGAGGUAUCAUUAGGACGAGCAGAAUCAGUGAUGAUAUCACCAUUCAAGAGUAUCUCACCUCAGAAGCCAAUCGCCUCAUGAGUAACAUUCUUGACAAUUUGGAAGUCAUCGAUACCUCGAACUCCGACUUGAACCACAUUUUCAUUCAUUUUUCUGCUGUUUUCGAUGUCUCGUUCGAGGAUGUCGAAGCGGCAUUCGGUGGUUUCUUGGAGCGGUUUGGAAAGAGACUGUUGAGAUUACGUGUUGGCGCUGCAGAGAUCCGUAUUAUCAUCAAAGAUCCUCAAAGUGGAGCUCCUGUUCCGUUGAGAGCCUUGAUCAACAACGUCUCUGGUUACGUGGUCAAGACUGAGCUAUACACCGAAGUUAAAAACACACAAGGUGAAUGGGUCUUCAAGUCCUUAGAGAAACCGGGCUCCAUGCAUUUGAGACCAAUUGCUACGCCAUACCCUGCUAAGGAAUCUUUGCAGCCAAAACGUUACAAGGCUCAUUUGAUGGGUACUACUUAUGUUUAUGACUUCCCAGAACUGUUCCGCCAAGCCACCGUAUCGCAAUGGAAGAAACUAGCCCCAAAGACUAAGCUUUCUGAUGAGUUUUUCAUUGCCAAUGAAUUGAUUGAGGAGGAGAACGGCGAACUAACUGAGAUUGACCGCGAACCUGGUGCUAAUACUAUCGGUAUGGUCGCGUUUAAAGUUACUGUUAAGACACCAGAAUAUCCAAGAGGUCGUCAAUUUGUAAUUGUGGCCAAUGAUAUCACUUAUAAAAUUGGUUCGUUCGGUCCCCAAGAGGACGCUUUUUUUAAUAAGGUGACAGAGUAUGCCAGAAAACGUGGUAUUCCAAGAAUUUACCUGUCUGCCAACUCCGGUGCUAGAAUUGGUGUUGCUGAGGAAUUGGUCCCUCUCUUCAAAGUUGCAUGGAACGAUGCAGAGAAUCCAUCUAAGGGAUUCGAAUAUCUUUACAUGACAGCCGAAGGACUAGCUGAGCUUAAGAAGCAGCGUAAGGAAAAUGCCGUCGUUACCGAGCGUGUUGUCGAGAGCGGUGAAGAGCGUCACAUCAUCAAGGCUAUCAUUGGUGCUGACGACGGUUUAGGUGUCGAGUGUUUGAAGGGCUCUGGUUUAAUUGCGGGCGCCACUUCGAGAGCAUACAAAGACAUUUUCACUAUCACUCUAGUUACAUGCAGAUCCGUCGGUAUCGGUGCUUAUCUUGUGAGGUUGGGCCAAAGAGCCAUCCAAGUCGAGGGCCAGCCCAUUAUCUUGACUGGUGCUCCAGCCAUUAACAAACUGCUAGGUAGCGAAGUUUACUCCUCAAAUUUGCAAUUAGGUGGUACUCAAAUCAUGUACAACAAUGGUGUUUCUCACUUGACUGCCCAAGACGACUUGGCUGGUGUCGAAAAGAUCAUGGAUUGGUUGUCAUACGUGCCAGCUAAGCGCGACAUGCCUGUCCCUAUCCUUGAAAAUGAAGACAACUGGGACAGAGAAAUUGAUUUUGUGCCAACAAAUGAAAGUCCUUACGACGUUAGAUGGAUGAUUGAAGGUAAACAAACAGACCAGGGUUUCGAAUUUGGUCUCUUUGACAAGGGAUCUUUCCAAGAAACGCUAUCUGGUUGGGCCAAGGGUGUCGUUGUAGGGAGAGCUCGUUUAGGUGGUAUUCCUCUCGGGGUUAUCGGUGUUGAGACCCGUCUCGUGGAAAACAUGAUUCCAGCUGAUCCCGCUAACCCUGAUUCCAGAGAAACGUUGAUUCAAGAAGCUGGUCAAGUUUGGUAUCCUAACUCUGCUUUUAAGACAGCUCAAGCGAUUAACGAUUUCAACUAUGGUGAACAGUUGCCAUUGAUGAUUUUGGCCAACUGGAGAGGUUUCUCUGGUGGUCAGCGUGAUAUGUACAACGAAGUGUUGAAGUAUGGUUCUUUCAUUGUUGAUGCUUUAGUCGGUUACAAGCAGCCUAUUUUCACGUACAUUCCACCAACUGGUGAAUUGAGAGGUGGUUCUUGGGUUGUGGUCGACCCAACCAUCAACGCUGAACAAAUGGAAAUGUACGCUGACGUCAACUCGAGGGCAGGUGUUUUGGAGCCUGAGGGUAUGGUUGGUAUCAAAUACCGCAGAGAAAAAUUGCUAGCGACCAUGUCCAGACUAGAUCCUACUUACAAGAGCUUGAAGAGUCAGUUGGCUGACUCUAGCUUGGCUCCAGAAAAGCAUCAAGAAAUCGCUGUCAAGCUUGCUGCUCGUGAAAAGUUGUUGAUGCCAAUUUACCAUCAAAUCUCUGUCCAAUUCGCUGACUUGCAUGACAGAAGCGGUCGUAUGGUUGCCAAGGAUGUUAUCAGCAAAGAAUUGGAUUGGCCAGAGGCUCGUCGUUUCUUCUUCUGGAGAUUGAGAAGAAGAUUGAACGAGGAAUACUUGAUUAAGAGAUUGAAUGUCGAGUUGCCAAAUGCGAAGCGACUAGAAAAGAUCGCCAGACUAAAUUCAUGGUACCCUGCUUCUGUUGAUAGAGAUGAUGAUAGAGUGGUGGCCACUUGGAUCGAGGAAAACUACAAUGUUUUGGAGGAGCAAUUGAGAGUACUAAAACUAGAGAGCUUUGCUCAAAACCUGGCCAAAUCUAUCAGAAGUGACCACGAAAAUACAAUCAAUGGCCUAGCCGAGGUUCUAAAACUUUUGUCCGUUGAUGACAAGGAGAAAAUUUUGAACAGUUUGAAGUGA